CGAGCCGAGGGCGAGGUAAGCGGGCAGCACGAGUUUCCUUUGGGGCGUGAGGCAGGCGACGCAGCGCGAGAUCCGCAGGGUUCCUCCUUGUUUGUGCCGCCGGGAAAAGAUAGAAUAAUAUGUAUUCUGGUGAAACAGUAAAGUUUUCGGAGGGCUUCUGCGGCCUCUUCCCCAACUUGUGGUCGUCCCUGCCCGCCGCGUCGAGCUGCGAGGACCCGGAAGCUGCACAGUUCAGCCCCUGCGCAUCGUGCAUCGCGGAGAUGACCAGCCUGAUAAGCAUCAAGUGCAGCAUUCCAACGGCGGUGGGCAAGUCGGUUCCCUUCGGACUUAUUUCUACAAAGGAUAUUUCAUCUCCGGAUUCCCCAGUGUGUGUUCAGCAUGGUCACUCCAGCCACGCUCUCUCGUCGAGGGUUUUGCAAAAGUUGUCCGACUCGGCGAGCGGAGCCGCGUCGCCCUCUCGCUUUGGCGAUCCUUUUGUGCGCGAGAAGCGAGGAAGAACGGCGGACGCCCUGGGGAACGCACAGGCCGCGCGCUCGGCGGAGCCCUCAGCGAAUGGACGCAAGCAAAGUACCAGUACAAGAUCAAGACCCUGAAAAGAGCGAAGCAGAAGCUGGUCUACAAAUUCGGGACCAACGCCUCGGGCUGGCAGUGCUCAGAGCGACACACGGAGAUGAGUUCCAAGGAGGGCGUGGCGUGAAGCCAGGGGCACCAUAAGACUCAUUGAAUUGCUGUUCGCUGUUUGACUGGAUUAUUUAGCAUAUCAGAGCUCGAUAUGAGUAUUUACGAGCAUGAUGACAACGUGAUAUUAACUGGAGAUUUAGAGGUGAUAAAACCGAGUGCUGUAAAAUGUCUGAAUAGAAAGGACAAUUGUAUGAACAUGAACGCUGUAUACUGCCUUACACUUUUAGCUUUUUUUACAUUAUCAUGUAGACGAGCUUAAAAUUCCAUUAAUUUCACAAGUCUUGUUAUCUAUUGAUCUGGUGUUUAGCUUUGUAUUUAAGCGAUUUUUAUUUAAUUUCUACAUAUAUUUUUCCGUAUUUUAAAACUGGAAGUAGAUGUACAACGUUUAAACGAACAUUUGGCAUUGAUAUUCUUUCGGGAAUAUUUUGGCUACAGCAGAUUCAAAGAAUGCAUUUUGUAACCUGAAAAAAGAGAAUGAAUUUCGAGUGUUCUGUUGGCGCCAGGGCUACUCGUGGUGGUGAUUUGAUGCUAUGGCGUUAGUGUCGUUCUUCGUGUCACUAGUGUUAUGCGAACUGCGGUUCUUAGAAGAAUGCUGCUUGUUAUUGGCUCUGGUGUGCAAGUCUGGCUGUGUCAUUCUGUGAAUGUUGCAGAUGCCUUAUGUAUAUAUUUUUAGAUUAAAUGAUUAAAGCUUUA